AUGUUUGUUGGGCAUGAGGAUGAUUUGCGAGAAGAGGAGCCUGAACUCGAUCGAGCUGAGGACCAAGCCCAAGUGGAUGAAGAUUUGGACGAGCCUGAGUGCUAUUAUUUUGAGGAGUAUGAAGGUCCAAGGAUGAACCCCUCUGUUGUGGCUGCUCACAAGAGGAUUGGACUUCUCCAAAAGUUCAACAAGUGGCAAGGGAAAGCCAUAAAAAUGCAAAAGUCCAUGGACAAAAUGGAGUCGAUCCCUCCUCACCACACCAAGGAGACUCCCUGCCCAAGAACCUCACAGAGCCUCAUCUUUGAGCCAAGAGAAGAAGGAGCAAGCCCACAGAGAAGGAGGAAGAGUUCCAGAGCCCGACGCUCCAACUCGACCAGUGGACUCGAUCGAGUCCAAACAGAGGAAACUCAACUCGGUCGAGCUGAUGGUCGAGUUGACCUGGAGGAGCCAGUAUUCGAGAACCCUGGAUUUGAGUACGAUCCAGCACCUUACCAGGACUAUCCCCAGAGCAGAUGGAACCCAUACGGCCAGUUCGAGCGAGCCAGCUCCACCAAGGCCAAGUAG